AUGGGUGUGCUGAAUCGCGCAGCCAUCGCCGAAUGGGCGCGUCCAUACACGGAGGCCAUGGAUCUUCCGUACCUCUCUAUUCACCUUGUGAGCAUUCUUCGGGCUAUGCUGCUGUGGUGGUCGGUCCAACUCCUCUCGCAUGGAGUAUCACCGAAACUUUUCCCUCGUUCAUUUGCCAACAUGCCUGCACGUACCCGGACGCAAUGGGACAUCCAUGUCGUCUCGUUCACACACUCGAUGGUCGUCGCGCCCCUGGCGCUCUAUUUCUGGCUCGGUAUCGACGAGAGCACUGAUCGUUUGUGGGGCUACGACUACACGUUGGGCCAGAUGUAUGCCCUGUCGCUGGGCUACUUUGUAUGGGACGUGAUUGUCUCGCUGCGGUACGAGGGCUUUGCGUUUGUGCUGCACGGUGUGCUGGGCUUGGUCGCUUGCAUCCUUGUGUACAAGCCCUUGUUCAUGUUUGAUGGCCUCGGCAUUUUGAUUUGGGAGCUGAGCACGCCGUUCCUCAAUAUCCACUGGUUCCUCGACAAGCUCCAUCUGACAGGCUCGCGUAUCCAGUUUGUGAAUGCAUUGCUGCUGUUGCUCACGUAUGUCGGCGUACGUCUGCUGCUGGGUGUGUACAUGUCGUACUCGCUCAUUACCCUCAUCUGGACGCCGACGCACCGCACGUUGCCCCUCGGCUACAAGUUGCUGUACACUAUUGGACUUCCAUCCCUCAACGUUUUGAAUUACAUGUGGUUCUUCAAAAUGGUGCGUGCGAUUCGCAAGCGUUUCCCCGCCGAAGUGAAGGAGAAGCCCCAGUGA